AUGACUUUAGCCAAUCAUAUAAGAACAAGGGGUUCUUACAAGGGAAAACUGACCAAUUUAGAGUCUUAUGUUAAUAUAAUAAAAGCUGCUACGCCAAGUAGUAAACCAUCUCUGUCAGAAAUUCAACUAAGAUAUGAAACGAAUGCCAGUUUAUUAAAAGAAUUUCAAGAUGUUCAACUGCAAAUUGAAAUUUUAACACCGGAAGACAAAUUAAAAGAACAGUAUGAGGAAAAUGAAUUAUUUGAAAAUAGGUAUUUUAAAGCUAUGGGUUUUUUGAAAGGUUAUAUUGAAAGUAACACAUUUCAGUCUUCACACGAUACUAGUUUGAGUUCUACUCCUCAAGUAGACUCCUUAAGUCACCUUUUGUUACCAAAAAUGAAAAUCAAAGUCUUCACUGGGGAGUUAGAAACUUGGUUAGAAUUUAAAUCCACGUUUACUAGUGUCAUUCAUAACAGUCCUUUGUCAAACAGUCAUAAGUUUCAGCUUUUGCGACAAUAUGUGGAUGGAUAUGCAAAACGUAUAAUAGAUAAAAUUGAAUUUUCUGGUGACUAUUACCAAACUGCCUUUGAUGCUCUCUGUCAGAGAUUUGACAAUAAAAGGUUAUUAGUAAACAAACACAUUAAAACCAUUUUUAGUUUAGAGUCAAUUAAUAAAGAGUCUCCAAAGCAUCUAAGACAAUUGUUAGAUAUUGUGUCAGAUAGUGUCACUUCAAUUGAAAGUUUGCAGAUAACAAAAGAGUACCUAAGUGAUUUAUUGUUAAUAAACAUUAUUUCUGAUAAACUUGAUAAACAGAGUUAUAGAGAAUGGAAAGAGCUUCGCACCAAAGAGGAACUCCCUACCUUAAUGGAAUUCUUUAAUUUCUUAAAAACGAAAGUAGAUACUUUGGAAGAAAUCCAAGACCAAAGUUCUCAUUAUGCCCAUCACAAUAAUAAUAAUAAUUCCAAUUCUAAUUACAAAUAUACAAACCGUGAAGGUCAUAAGAGAGCAGUCCAAGUAAAUUUAGCACAGAAAAAGAGUUGUGUUUUGUGUAAAGGCAAUCAUUAUAUAUAUUCUUGUAUUCAAUUCCUCAAACUAGAUACCAAAGGCAGAUUAGGUAAAGUUAAUGAUUUAAAUUUGUGUCACAAUUGCCUAAGAAUUGGGCACAGGGCUCAAGAGUGUACACUAAAACCAUGUUUGAAAUGUCAUUUAAAACAUAAUUCCUUAAUACACUUUGAUGACAUUCAACAUGUUUCAGUGGACUCUGACAACAAUGUCCAGCCAUAUGAAACAUCAGUAAAUAGUAUACAGAAUGUUAAUAUGCCACCAAUGGCAACUCACCAGCUAUCUGCACAAGCAGUAGAUUUGCAAAAUAAACAAGUUCUUUUGUCAACAGUUGUUUUUAAUGUCAGGUCAAAUGAUAAUAAAUUAAUACCAUGUCGUGCGCUUCUAGACAGUGGCGCUCAGAUAAAUAUGAUAAGCGAGAGCUUUUGUAAAAAAUUAAAUCUUCCAUUGAUUCCAACUAACCUUGCUGUUAGUGACGAAGACGACGAAAGACGAAAGGAAGAAAAAAGACAAUUGGAAGACGAAAGACAUGAAAAUGAUGAAAGACGAGAAAAAGAGAAACGACGAUUGGAAGAAGAAAGACGAAAAGACGAUGAAAGACGCGCAGAAGAUGAUGAAAGACUUGAAGAAGAAGAAAGACGAAGACGUGAAAGAAGAAACGACGAGCUUAGACGAAGACACGAAGGGCGAAAUUAUGACGAAGGACGACAAAUAUGUGAUGAAAGACGUAGAUAUGAACAAAGUAAUGACGAAGAAAGACGAAGAUACGAAGACAGACGAUAUGACGAAGAUAUUCACGUACAUGAAGAAAUAGGAGAAAGAAGCUAUAGCGCAAGCAAUAACGCUGAAAUGAGAUCCGCGAAUAAUGGAGCGACUGGUACAAGACGACAGGAAUCAUUUACAUUAAGUUUUAGAGAUGUGGAAGACAGCAUAAGAUCAUUUAAUGGAAAAGAUGAAUAUCAUAUUCGCACGUGGAUUAUCGAGUUUGAAGAAGUAGCUGAGAUAACAGGAUGGAACGACUUACAAAAAUUAAUCUACGCAAAAAAAUGUUUAAAUGGACUUGCCAAACUGUUUGUGCAGUCAGAAAAAGGCAUCAGAAGUUGGCCUGAUUUGAAGAGAUGUUUAAUCGAAGAAUUCGGAGUACAUGUAAAUAGUGCACAGAUACAUAAGAUGUUGACAAGAAUAUAUGAUUAA